AUGCGUUAUCCCAAAAGUUCCUGCUUGGAACUGGAUCUACAACUGGCACAGCUGAAGAUAAAGUUCAGGCGUCACAAGGAUCUGUCCCUGCAGCUCUCCCACACACCCCUUUACCCUCAGCCAGCAGUCACUCACAACUCCGGGGGCACUGAGGACGAGCAGCAGCUCAGCCCCGCAGAGCCGCCUGACAGCACGCUCACAAGCCGUAAUGAGGAAACAAUAGGAAAGCUCGGCACAAGCUUUCUCGGGAGCAGCGAUAACGGACCGCGGGCAGGGAGCGCCCCGGCCCGCCCGCAGCCUGCCGGGCGCCGCCGCUCCGCGGGUUCCCCCGCCGCCCCAGGGCCGGAGCCAGCACCGGGCCGCACUCCGCCCCCGGCCCCCAGCGCUCUGCCGCCCACCCCGCGGCCAACCCCUGAACCACCGCCCCUCGCGACAGCCCCGGUAAAGGAGCCCCGCCGGACUCCCCGCUCCUGCGGCGGGCGGGGAGGAGGCAGAGCGGGGCCGCGGAGGCGACCUCGCCUCACCCAGCGCCACUCACCCGAGGGUCCGGCGGCGGCCCCGCGCAUCCUGCGGCAGCGAAGUCCCCUUCCCGUCGCGGCCAGGCCCCGCGGCACGGCGGGAGCGAGGGCCGCCUCGGAGGGAGGGCUGCGCUCGGGUGGACUGCGAGGGCAGCGAGCGGCGGCAGAAGGGCGAGCGGCGCGGGGCCGGCCGGGGGGAGCGGGACCGGGAAGCCCAGGCGCAGCCGCCGCCGAUGUUUGUUAUUGUCGUCAGCCGCUUCCGGCGCCGGCGCAUGCCGGGAGAGGGCGGCCCGGAGGAGGAAUCGCGGGGCGGAAGCGGCUGUGGCGGCUUGUCGCGGAGUCGGUGAAAGCCGUUUCCCGGGUGGUGGGAGGGUUGGGGGUGUUCGAGGCUCAUCCGGACAGAGCUCUCUCCAUCGCGGGUUAG